AUGGACCAACAAGCCCCAGUCGAGGUUGAACCUGCUGGUGUAGAUCAUUGUCGGCUCUUUUACGAACCUGUCGUCCUUGAGCAGGCCCUGCAAGUGGCCUGUCGUGAUGGCCAGGAAGUCUUCAACGGCAACCCAAAAGUAGACAAUGACUCCCUGGCGACGCAGGCGCAGGUCUUUCGAUACUUUGUGGAGAAGCUAGCACAGGUGUGCGAUAAUGAGCGCGGCGGCAAGACGGUUACUUCGUUCGCCGUCCUCAACAGCCCCGAAGGCCCAGAGUUUGUCUUUGGUUCUAAUGAUAGGGACGCGAACGAGCUGUCCGAGACUCAGCAGUUCGCCGAGAGCCUACUUACCCUUGUGGGCCAAAACCCCACGGGACUCAAGCCAAAAGCCCUUGCCAAGCAGGUGCUCUGGAAGAUCCUGUUGUUCAACCUUCCGCGUGUGGGCAUCUAUCUGGACAAACUGGGUGGGUACCUACAUGCCUGCAUCGGCGAUUGCGACAGACGAGAGGCACCGGAUGUUCUCAAAUCUGAACUCUUAAGACUGAAGGAGAAAGUGGAGUUCCCGCGGGAUUUUGCAUCCGGGAGUGUUCAGGACAAGUUCUUGAGUGACUGCGAAAAACUGAUCAAGGUGGUUGUGUCCAUCAAAAACACUCAGAUCGAGCAGGCCAUCAUGAGAAACGCCAAAGACGGUGAAAUCUCGAGGUCGCAGUCCUGGUGCGAGUUGCGCCAUUAUCUCGGACGCCUCUUAUCCUUCCGUCAGGCAGCAGAUGCCAUAAUCGGUGCCCAUGAUCGGUUGCCCAUCCUGUUCCAAGAUUUCAAAAUCACCCCCAUUCCGUCAAGCGAGGCCGCCAGAAAGCCAAUUGCAAAAUCGAAGUCUUUCACAGCGGCAUCCAUCAUCAGGAACAUGAUACCGGACGACGAAGAGGAGCAGAAAUUCUAUCUUGAGCAAGCCACUGAAAUGCAAAAAUUCGGCCUCGACGCCAUCAUCCAGAAGCAGAUCAGCAGGCGCACCUUCAGGCCGCGUGUCCACGCCGAAGUGCUUGUUCACAGCUAUCUGCUUGGCCAGGAUCUGCAGCAUCCCAGAGAGUACUGGAACAGCUGGAAGUACAUUGGCAGCAGCAAGCCUACCUGCAGACUCUGCUCCUACUACUUUGGCGCGCACCCUGACCGAGUGCAAGUGAGAAAGUCUCACUUCAACCUCUACACCAACUGGCGUCUCCCGGGGGUCUUUGAGGGCCCAGACUCCGUUGAGCCUGAUACGAAGACCUUGCAUUUGCUACAACAGAUUACGGAGAGGGUACAUGAUGAUGUGAAGAGAACGCUGGAGGAGAAGCGGCCCGUGGGAAAGAAUCACGAUUCAAACACGUACUCUACGCUGCCGCCGGGCUUCCCCAGGUACGCGCACAGCGAUACCGCGAGCAUAAGCGAGGUCGUCGCUCAGCUGAAUGAAAUGAACCUCGACCGUCAUAUCAAUGGGCAGAGUCAUCUCUUGACUGACGGUGGCGAUGAUGGAUUCAGUAUGAUCGGAGACGCGGAAGUAGAGGCGGCCGCGGAAGGAAACGAAGGCGUACCGGUGACCUCUGUACGUCCUCUUAUUCAGGUAUAA